AAUCAGAAUUAUUCCGGAAUAAUAUUUCUGAUUGGUCGGUGAGAGACCAUUGCAUAUAACUGUAAUCAUGUCUUCCCCGCAUUUCUCCACCAUAAUUUUCUUUCAACUCUUCUUCCAUUCCCAACAUCCAUAUUUUUUCUUUUUCUCGAGAAAGUGACAGAAAUACAGGAAUAGAGGAAGAGAGGAGUUUGUGCUCAAGCUAGCAAGGCAUGGCUGGAGAACAAUUGCAAGUGCUGAAUGCACUUGAUGUAGCCAAAACACAGUGGUACCAUUUCACAGCAAUCAUCAUUGCUGGGAUGGGUUUCUUCACUGAUGCAUACGAUCUUUUCUGCAUAUCUCUUGUUACAAAAUUGCUUGGUCGCGUCUAUUACCAUGUUGAGGGUGCAGCGAAGCCAGGAACAUUGCCUCCCAACGUGUCAGCUGCAGUUAAUGGUGUGGCUUUCUGUGGAACUUUAGCAGGACAGCUCUUCUUUGGUUGGCUUGGUGACAAACUUGGCCGAAAGAAGGUCUAUGGGAUGACUCUCUUGAUGAUGGUCAUCUGCUCUAUUGCUUCUGGUCUAUCUUUUGGCAGUAGCUCCAAAUCUGUCAUGGCUACUCUGUGUUUCUUCCGGUUCUGGCUUGGCUUUGGCAUUGGUGGUGAUUAUCCACUUUCUGCCACCAUUAUGUCUGAAUAUGCUAACAAGAAGACGCGUGGAGCGUUUAUCGCAGCUGUCUUUGCUAUGCAGGGCUUCGGAAUUCUAGCAGGGGGUAUAUUUGCUAUCAUUAUAGCGUCUGCAUUCAACUCCGCGUUUGAAGCUCCACCUUAUAAGGUUGAUCCAUCAGGCUCAACUGUUCCUCAAGCGGACUAUGUUUGGCGUAUUAUUUUGAUGUUCGGAGCUCUCCCAGCUCUUCUUACCUACUACUGGAGGAUGAAGAUGCCUGAAACUGCACGUUACACAGCCCUUGUUGCCAAGGAUGCAAAGCAAGCUGCAUCUGAUAUGUCAAAGGUACUGCAAAUGGACAUUGAGGCAGAGCCUCAAAAGGUUGAGAAGAUUGCUGAAUCAAAGGCCAAAUUUGGUUUGUUCUCUAGAGAGUUUCUUCAGCGUCAUGGGCUUCACUUGCUUGGAACAACAACCACUUGGUUUUUGCUUGACAUAGCUUUCUACAGCCAGAAUCUCUUCCAAAAGGAUAUCUUUAGUGCUAUUGGGUGGAUUCCUCCUGCAAACACCAUGAAUGCCAUUGACGAAGUUUUCAGAAUUUCUAGGGCGCAAACGCUUAUUGCUCUCUGCAGUACUGUUCCAGGUUACUGGUUCACAGUUUUCUUCAUUGACAAAAUGGGAAGGUUCGCUAUCCAGUUGAUGGGUUUCUUCUUCAUGACGGUAUUUAUGUUUGCCCUCGCUAUUCCUUAUGAUCACUGGACACACAAGGAUAAUAGAAUCGGGUUUGUGGCGAUGUACUCAUUGACAUUCUUCUUCGCCAACUUUGGUCCUAAUGCCACCACAUUUGUUGUACCAGCUGAGAUUUUCCCAGCAAGGUUGAGGUCAACUUGCCAUGGUAUAUCAGCAGCAUCUGGUAAGCUUGGUGCUAUUGUAGGCGCAUUCGGGUUCUUGUACUUGGCUCAGAACAAGGAUAAAGCCAAAGCAGAUGCAGGGUAUCCUGCAGGUAUUGGGGUCAAGAAUGCUCUUCUCCUGUUAGGUGGAGUCAACGCCUUGGGCUUUUUGUUCACCUUUUUGGUCCCUGAGUCCAAAGGGAAAUCAUUGGAAGAAAUGUCAGGUGAGAACGAAGAUGAUGCAGCACAAGGGGACAACAGGACAGCUCCUGUUGCUUAGGUUCGUCUCGGUUUGCAGUUUCUAGUGCAGCGAUAGCUAUUAAUUUAGCUAACAAUCUGCUUCAUUUUAGCUACAUAAGUUUGUUUCUGCCCUAUUUUCGUUUCCCCCCACUUUAGUGUAAUAACUCAAGUUUCUGCUCUGUAGCUUGAACUUGGGAAAUAUAAAAGAGAAUGAUUAACAGACAGAAAUUAUAUCAUAAACUCCACAGAAGUUUCCAUACAGCCAACAUUAAACUGCCUUCACUUAAUUACAAGCUUAAAAACAAUAAAGAACCGGAUUUAUUGGAAAGGCAAUAGCAUUAGCCCAAAUCUUGUAUCAGCCACACGAGAUUCUGGUUAUUUAGGUUUUUGUUUAUACACAACUUGGAUGCAGAGAACAAUGCCGCGCCUGCACAAAGCCUUAUGAGGCAAAGAAGUAGUACAGAAGUUGGCCAAGUUCAGCAGAUGUUUCCUCAAUGAUUACAUGGUCAAGUUGCAGACAGCAGAGUGUUCAGUGAGCACGAUCCCUUAACACUUCAAGAUCCAUCUCCGUAGGGUCAGUAGCCUGAAUCUCAUAGUGGACACCAUCCCAGCUCCCUUCUAAGCCUGUCUUUGCUUGUGGCAUAAAGCAUUUUAGGAUGGAUGCGUGAAGAUGAAGGGGACCUGACCAACAUAAUCCAAAUAUUAAGUAACAAGAUCUGAUAGUAAAACUCAGCAAAUAGG